AUGGAACAAUAUAUUGUAAGCAGUAAUAGUGCAUUAGAACUUAAACUCGUUCGUAAGCCUAGUGAUAUCAAUGAUCCAAAAGCAGCAUUUUAUCCAGACAUGACUUACCAAGUAUUUGGAAAUAUGGAAAAAAUAUUUGGAUACAAAGACCUUGUUGUAAAAAUGUAUUAUACUGCUUGUAGUCUUAAGCUGUAUAUUAAUAUAAAUUAUUCUUCAAAAGUGGAUUCAGAGAAAUUUGGUAUGAAUCCGGAUAAUAUAAUGGAGAAACUUAAAGAUUAUAUUACUCCUAAUUUCCAUUCAAACAUUGAUGUGUUUGAAAAGUGUUUAGAAGAUGAGCCGUCAUUUAAGCCCUAUGGAAAUCAACUAGAUCAAUUUGUUUUAAACCAUAAUGAAGAAAACAAGAAAUUCGAAGUCUAUGUAAUUGAAGAUGAAAACACCGAGUUUAAGGAAUAUUUUAAUCAACUUCAGACAUUUGUUUUAUGGUACAUAGAUUCAUCAAAUAUCAUCGAUUUUGAUGAUUCUAAAUGGAAGAUAUUUAUCAUGUAUGAAAUUUUUAAAAAUGAAAAUGGUGAUUUGUGUUAUACACCAGUGGGAUAUUCAACUAUCUAUGAAUAUUAUGCCUACCCAGAUAAAAUCCGCCCAAGAAUUAGUCAAAUGUUAAUUCUACCACCAUUUCAAAGGAAAGGAUUGUGUGCUAAGCUCCUGAACUCUGUUUACAAACACUACGCUACUAAAUCAGAUGUUAUUGAUAUUACAGUUGAAAGUCCAAACGAUGAAUUUCAACUUGUUCGAGAUUUUGUAGAUGUUACUAAUUUUUAUAAUCUUAAAACAUUUGAUGAAGAAAAAUUUAAAAAACUGCAUUAUCAAGAAAUGGUUAAAGAAUUUAAAAAUCUUUACAAAGUCAACCAGAAACAAGUCCGUCGUGUAAUAGAAAUUAUAUUACUAAAAAUUACCAAUCGGCAGAAUAAAGAUGAAUAUGAAAAGUAUAAGAAAUUUGUAAAAACAAGAUUGAAUUGGCCAUUCCAAAAAAAACCUACCAAACUUAUGUUAGCUAUGCCAGCCGAAGAAGCUGAAAAAAUCCAAAAAGGUGACUCACUUGUAAAAUUAGAAGAUUUAGAUAUUGAGUAUAAUGAAUUAGAACCAUCAUAUGAUAAAGUAAUCAAGCGAGUAGAAGUUAGCCUUUCUGUAUAG